AUGGACUGGGACAAGCAGACCAAUGUCAACUACAAGAAGUAUGCUUCACCCACCAGGCCAAGAUACGUCAAGCCCAGGGUGGACCCAUAUGGCAGGCCCAGGAUGGAUCUUUAUGGCCUGGACCAGGAAGAGGAUGCUAGCAUAAUGGGAGAACUCUCUCAAUCAAAGCCCAUAGCUACACCAUUCCCUAAGUUCAACCCCAGGGAUGUUGAGAUCUUCAUCCUUGAAGCCAAAGCAUGGUUCAAGUUUAACCAGGUUUAUGAGCAGUCAAGGAUGAUCAACCAUAUGGGUGCUCAAUUAGAAGGGAAUGCACAUGAAUGGUGGAUAUUGAAGCUUUGCAUCAAUAGAGCUCAAGAAGGAAGACUAUUCAAUGAUUGGCACUACUUCACAGAGUGUCUCUCAGAGCAGUUCAAUCCUUGCAAUGCUAGAAUGGAGGCCUACAACAAGUUGUUGGCUCUUUGA